AUGUCGUGUUUAUCGGCACCUGCGGACUGCGCAAUUGUUUGCGACAAUGGCUCGGGCGUUGUAAAGGCCGGUUUUUCGGGCGAGGACGCACCACGCGUAAUGUUUGCAAGUGUAACUGGGCGACCCCGUCAUUUCAUGGCCAUGGUCGGCAUGUCCGCGCGCGAGGUCUACGUAGGCGAUGAGGCGCAGGCCAAGCGCGGCGUGUUGUCUCUGUCGUACCCUAUCGAGCACGGCAUCGUGACCAACUGGGACGACAUGGAGGCGGUUUGGCGGCACACCUUUCACAAUGAGCUGAGAGUGGACACCACCGAGCGGCCUAUCAUGCUUACAGAGGCGCCUAGGAACCCCAAGAACAACAGGGAGAAGACCACGGAAAUUAUGAUGGAGACGUUUCAGGUCCCCGCGCUGUACGUGGCCAUUCAGGCGGUGCUGUCUCUGUACGCCUCAGGGCGAACCACAGGGAUGGUGCUGGACAUCGGAGACGGCGUGUCGCAUGCGGUGCCUGUGUAUGAAGGUUUUUCGAUGCCCCACGCCAUUCGUCGACUGGAUGUGGCUGGGCGGGACGUCACACAACACUUGUCUCGCAUGUUGACUGAGUCCGGAGUCAAGCUGAUCAACACUGCUGAGAUGGAAAUCGUGCGCGACAUCAAAGAGCGCUUGGCGUAUGUGGCUCUGGAUUUUGAGUCGGAGCUGCGAGUGGCUCGAUCCAAUUCCGUGAUGUGCAAGGAUUAUCAGCUUCCGGACGGCACCACCAUCAGCGUGGGGGAGGAGAGAUUCAGGUGCUCGGAGGUGCUGUUCGACCCGUCGCCGUUGGGCCUGGAGCAGGGAAGCGGCAUCCACAAGAUGUUGACGGAUUCCAUCAACGCUUGCGACAUCGACGUGCGAAAGAACCUACUGGAGAACCUGGUGCUGUCCGGCGGAACGACGAUGGUGGAGGGGAUUGCUGCGAGGCUGACCAAGGAGGUUACGGCCAUGGCGCCCCCCUCUGCUACGGUACGUGUGGUAGCGCCUCCGGAGCGCAAAUUCCUGGUUUGGAUAGGCGGCAGCGUGCUGGCGUCGUUGGCGUCCUUUUCUAGCAAAUGGGUCACUCGAGACGAGUACGACGAGUAUGGGCCGUCCAUCGUACACCGCAAGUGCUUCUGA